AUGUUGCGAAUAUGCAUCCUGUCGACGUUUAUUGCAUUAACUUAUGGAAUAAAUUUGGAUUUUUUAUUAGCCAAUGGUCCAACGCAUAUCAGUUCAACAAACUCCUAUUUUAUUCCAUAUGGUGAUCCAAAAUCGAACUUAACAAUGAAAUUACUUCAAGUUGAUCCGCAUACUGGUCUUUGGGUCAAUAUUCUACGAGGACCACCCGGUGCUGUUUUAGGUACACAUAGACACUAUGAUCAGGUGUAUGGUUAUACAUUGAAAGGUGCAUGGGGCUAUCGAGAACACCCGGAAUGGUUAUCUCGAGCUGGUGAUGUUGUUCAUGAAACACCGGGAUCGGUUCAUACUUUGUUUAUUGAUGAUAAUCACGGUGAAACAGAAACGUUAUUUUUUGUUUGGGGUGCUUUGGAAUAUUUAGAUGAACACGGUAAAACCAAAGAAAUCGAAGACUGGAGAUCGAUUCUUCAGAAAUAUGUCGAUUAUGGUCAAAAGAAUGAUUUACCUAUUGUUGAUAACAAUAAAAAACCAAUGGGACGAACAUCAAAAGAAAUCACCAUCGCCUUUGCAUUGAAUAUUGGUGCAGGUUUAGCCACAUGUAUUGGUGGAUUAGUGCCUUUCAGCCGAAAGCUUAUCUCACUAGCGAAGCCAUCACGAAUCGGAAUUGCUUUAGCCUUAUCGGCUGGUGUGAUGAUUUUUAUAUCUCUCGCCGAAAUAUUUGGCAAAAGUGAUGAAGAAUUUCAAAAGUUUUUUGGAAAAAAUGCCACAAAUAUUUGUCAGAACCUAACGAAUUCAUGUCAAGAUUUACAAUUUCAAUGUGCAAAUCGCAAUGUUUGCAAUGAAAUUCGGACUGUGUGUCAAACUUUCACCAAUGAAACGUCCAACGAAUUCGACUGUGAUAAGACAUGUCGAGGACAUAGUAAAACAUUAACUACGGUAUUUUUUCUCCUUGGUGCUGCAUUAAUCUUCCUGUUGGAUUUUAUUGUUCACAAAAUCUCACCUGAUCAUAAACAUGAUAUCGACAUUGAAGAAAUUAAUCAUUUAAACCACCAAGCUGUGUCAAUUAGAGAUCCUGAAGAUGGCUCAAAUUCUCAUCCAAACGGAAGUCUUCAUCACAAGAAAGCUCACCAAUCAUUAAAUCGUACAGGAAUCUUAACAGCACUUGCGAUUGGACUUCACAAUCUUCCCGAAGGUAUCGCAACAUUUCUCGCGGCCAGCAUCAAUUUGAAAACAGCAGUACCGUUGGCUCUUGGAAUUGCCUUACAUAACAUUCCGGAAGGGAUUGCCGUGGCAACACCAGUUUAUUUUGCAACACAAUCAAAGUGGAAAGGACUUCUCUAUACGUUCAUCUCAGCACUUGCUGAACCUCUCGGUGGACUUAUUUGUUUUCUGAUUAUUAGUAAUGGUCUCAAUCCGUUCGUUAAUGGAGCGAUGUUUGGCAUCGUCGUUGGAAUGAUGGUAACGAUCUCGUUGAAAGAAUUGAUUCCGACUGCAUUGCGGUUCUGCACAUCAAAAGGUCAAAUCAGCGUGUCGGUAUUAGCUGGAAUGUUAAUCAUGGCGUUGAGUUUGAUUAUUUUCGAUUAUCUUGAGAAUAAAUUUUGCUUGUUUCGCAGUACGACAAAAAAAAGAAUUUUCAUCAAUUGCAUUCUUUCAUCGUGUCUUAUUGUAAAAAAUCAAGGAUUCUUUAUGGCGCUUGGUACAAAAAACGCGCAUCCAUGGUUUGAAGUUUUUCAUUCGCGUCCUCGAGCAAAAUAUCAAGUUUUCAUUUUUCCAUCAGCUGGUGCUGCAGGUUAUUACUAUCGCGAAUGGGAUAAAGAGUUUCCUGAGUAUGAAUUCUCAAUCGUAAACUAUCCGGGACGAGCUCAGAGGCUCAGUGAAAAGUGUUUAACAACGAUGAAGGAGUUUGUUGAACAAUUGACAAGUGGCCUUUUGCCAUUUAUCACAAAACCGUGUAUUUUUAUUGGACAUAGUUUGGGAUCUGCGAUUAGUUACGCAUUAGCUAGACAUAUGCUUGAAACAAAGAAUAAGGGAAAUUUUCUGAAGUUAUUAGUAGAAAUGGGUCGAGGACCUCCGCAUUUAGAAGAUCCCGAUGUUCCAUUUGAAAAGAUGACCGACGCGGAAAUUGUCGCAGAAUUAAAACGCAUCGCUGAUCCAUCAGCACGAGCAAUCUAUGAUUACCCUGAAUAUGUUCAAAUGAUGUUACCAAUGCUACGAGCAGAUUCGAAAGUAGCGGGUGAAUUGUGCGAUCCAAUUCCAUUGGAUAUUCCGAUAAUUGUGUACGGUGGAGAGAAGGAAGAAAGUGUGGAUGAAUCUUUUUUAGCUCGUUGGAAAGAAUUAACAAAUAAAAAAGAUCUCUUUCAUGUUCAAAUGUUUCCUGGCCAUCAUAAUUUUCAAUCGGAAUGUCAAACUCAAGUCUUAACUCAUCUCAAGGAAGAUUUUCGCCGACUGCUGACUUAA